AUGAAAAGUCAGGGAGUGGCAUUCUUACCUUUGGAACAUCGAUCAAGUAUUAGUGAGUAUGAAACACCUCUGAUUACAACGACAGGUGAUUCAUUGACAGUGGAUUUUGAAUCAACUAUAACACCUAUAGUACUGAUCUUUAUCCCAAACAUCAAUAUCGAUGCCAAAUGGAUACAGAAAGGUCUCACCGUUGCUGGAGGACAUGGUGAAGGCGAGAAACUUCAUAAACUCUACGAACCAUAUAAUGUUUCUGUCUACGAUCAUCAAAUAAUGUAUAUCUGUGAUGAACAUAAUCAUCGCAUCGUAGAGUGGAGAAUUGGUGAUACACAUGGUCGAGUUGUAGCUGGUGGAAAUGGACAAGGAAAGAGAGAUGAUCAGUUGAAUGGUCCACUAAAUUUAAUUCUUGAUAAACAGACUGAUUCUUUCCUCAUCUGUGAUUGUGGAAACAAGAGAAUAGUGCGAUGGCCUCGUCAAAAUGGUACAGCUGGAGAAACAAUUAUUUCCAAAGUUAGCUGUGAUGAUUUAGCUAUGGAUAAAGAUGGAUAUCUUUAUGUUUCGGAUCAUCAAAGGCAGGAAGUGAAACGAUGGAAAAUCGGAGUUACAAAUGGAGUAGUUGUAGCAGGUGGAAAUGGAAAAGGAAAUAAGCUUAGUCAACUCGAUUAUCCUACCUCCAUCUUCGUCGAUCAAGAACAAUCAGUUUAUGUCUCCGAUAAUCACAACCAUCGCGUAAUGAAAUGGAAGAAAGAUACAGAAGAAGGAAUUGUCGUUGCUGGUGGUCAUGGUCGGGGAAAUAAUUUGAGACAAUUGUCCUGUCCUCGUAGCAUCAUUGUUGAUCAAACAGGUACUAUUUAUGUAGUAGAUCAGUUUAAUCAUCGAGUGAUGCGGUGGUUGAAGGAUGCACCAGAAGGAAAUGUGAUUGUCGGUGGUAAAUUUGAACAAGGAGAAGAACAAUUGAAUUAUCCUUCAGGUAUAUCUUUCGAUCAAGAGAAUAAACUAUAUACCGCUGAUCGUCACAAUCAUCGAAUCCAAAAAUUUAACAUAUUGAAUCCAGAAGAUCAAGAUGGCCAAACAAGUGCAAAGCAGAAAGUCGAAAAACAUUCCGAAUUUUUUGCAGAAACUCUCCAUAUGUCAGAUGCUCUGAGAAUGCCGACGCACGGGAAGACUGUUGCUGGAGGCCAUGGUCAGAAUCAUGGUAACCAUCAGCUGAGCAAGCCGGAAGGUAUUUUCUUUGCUGAUGAGCAAACUAUGAUUAUUGCUGACAGCAAUAAUGCUCGAAUCAUUCAGUGGAAAAUUGGUGACGACGAAGGAACCGUCAUAGCUGGUGGUCAUGGUAUUGGAGAAGGCUUGAAUCAAUUGAAUAUACCCACUAAUAUGUUGAUCGACAAACAAACGAAUAGUCUGAUCAUUUGCGAAUGGGGCAAUCGACGAGUGGUGCGAUGGUCUUGUCUCAGUGGUACGACUGAAGGAGAGAUUCUUUUUGACGAUAUUCAGUGUAAUGGAAUAGCCAUGGAUCAUCAAGGAUAUCUCUACAUCUCUGACACCGAAAAACAUGAAGUAAGACGAUAUCAAAUGGACCAGAAGAAGGGCACUAUCGUAGCCGGUGGGAAUGGCAAAGGUUCUAGUCUCCACCAAUUUAACUUUCCAACCUACCUCUUUGUCGAUCAAGAACAGGCUGUCUACGUGUCUGACAGCAGCAACAAUCGUGUGAUGAAAUGGGAUAAACAUGCUCUAGAAGGGAAAGUCGUCGCUGGAAACCAUGGUCGAGGAUAUAACCUAAAUCAGUUGUCGUAUCCCCAAGGACUAUCGUCGAUACAUCGGGUAAUAUCUAUGUUACAGAGAAAGGAAAUCGAAGAGUUACUUGUUGGCCUAAAGGAGCAAGGGAAGGUACUGUCAUCUUGGGCAGACAUGGGGAUCCAAACGAAGCAAACCAGUUCGGUGAACCGAGAGGUUUGGCCGUUGAUCGACAUCGCAGUUUCUACGUCGUUGAUUGCAGCAAACACCGUGUUCAAGGAUUUUCUAUCGACUAACCUCAUUAUGAUGACCAAUUUUGUUACUCUUUUUUGCCAAUAAAUCGAUCGUUCUCCUGAGUCUGAACUUUGUACUCAUCCAUCACUUCGAAGUAGAUACGUGUCUUUUUUUGAUAUCAUUUUCUUCCUUUCUUACCCUGUAGCGGACUGAGUCUGCAGUCCUCAGUAAUUCAAAAGAAUCUUUCGUGUUACAUAAUCACCUUUAUGAACUUGCUGUGAAUGCAGUGAAUGUUGAAGAUCUAAUUCGGAUAUAUCGACCUUUUUAUUCACACGGUCAUUAUCAACGACUAGAAAAACUCUCUAUCUGCUGUGUGACAAUAUUCAAAUUAGAUCUUCAACAUUCACUGCAUUCACAGCAAUCUCAUGUAGUUCGCUCACUUCUUCUCACUAUAAUCACCUUUGCCAAGAGACUAUUCGUAUUUUUAUAUUCUCACAUUUUCUCUAGUCCUCG